CGGUGGGUCGGUCCGGGGCGGCCCAGGCCCCGGCGCGCGGCGAGGAGGAGACCGAGGCCCCGGCGGCCAUGUCGCCUUUGUCUGCGGCGCGGGCGGCCCUGCGCGUCUACGCGGCGGGCGCGGCGGUGAUCCUGGCGCAGCUCCUGCGUCGCUGUCUCGGGGGCUUCACGGAGCCAGUCUUCCCCCGGCAACCUGGCCGCGUUGCCAUAGUGACGGGAGGCACGGAGGGAAUUGGCCUGGCUACGUCCAAGCGCCUGGCACUCCUUGGCAUGCGUGUGAUCAUAGCUGGAAACGAUUCCGCGAAAGGCCGCCAGGUUGUGAGGAAGAUCAAAGAGGAGACGGGGAACCAGGAAGUGGAGUUUGCCUACUGCGACCUGGCCUCCCUGCGGUCCGUCCGGGAGUUCGUCCUCAAGUUCAAGGAGAAGAAACUGCCCCUGCACGUGCUGGUCAACAACGCCGGCGUGAUGAUGGUGCCGCAGAGGGAGACGGAGGACGGGUUCGAGGAACACUUCGGCCUGAACUACCUGGGGCACUUCCUGCUCACCAACCUGCUCCUGGACACGCUGAGGCGGUCGGGACGCCCCGGGCGCGAGGCCAGGGUCGUGACCCUGUCCUCGGCCACGCACUACGUCGGCGAGCUGGCCCUGGACGACCUUCAGAGCAGGGACGGCUACUCCCCGCACGGGGCCUACGCCCAGAGCAAGCUGGCCCUGGUCCUCUUCACCUACCACCUGCAGGCGCUGCUGGCCGCCCAGGGCAGCCACGUGACGGCCAACGUGGCCGACCCCGGCGUGGUCGACACGGACCUCUACAGGCACGUGUUCUGGGGCACCCGUCUGGUCAAGAAGCUGUUCGGCCGGUGGUUCUUCAAGACCCCCGACGAAGGCGCCUGGACCUCCGUCUACGCCGCGGUCGCCCCCGAGCUGGAGGGCGCGGGCGGGCGCUACCUGUACAACGAGAGGGAGACCCGGUCGCUGGCCCUCACCUACGACCGACGCCUGCAGCACCAGCUCUGGGCCCGAAGCUGCCGGAUGACGGGCAUCCGCGACCGGACCGGGGACACCCUCUCGGAGUAGCUGCCCCCCCCGCCCACCCCCCAUCGACGGACUUUGUGGGGGGCAGGGCCUGGCAGGGGUCUCGGGGCUGCGUGUGUGACACCCGCCCGAUCUCGGGGUUCUGUUCCCCAUAAGCUUAUGAGGGAGGGGGGUGUCUUUGCGGGAAGUCACGCCACCAGAGACACAUUGGGGGUCCCCCCCCGCCCCCCGCCCCCCGAUCCCCCGAGCCGAGGGAUCCUGCCUUCAAUCUUGUGAUGAUUACGUGUCAAACGGUGCCGGGUGCCAUGAAUGACGGAACUCUUCCUCCUGGCCCUGUGGCUGGUUCUGUUUGUCUGGCCCAGAGCGGACACGCGGGGUUUGGGGAGCAACGUUCCCCGGGAGACAAUCACGAACA